AUGAGUGUCCUGAACGUGCCGCUGGAGUUGGCGGGGUUGGACAGCCCUGGGGUCGCAGGGUUUGGGUCGGAUUACCGCGAUGAGGGGUUGCUGCACAUCACCGCCGACCCCUGGCUGGACAUGAGGGUCCUGGCGAGCCCUGGAGGGGCUUUGUGUAUCUGCCACCACUACAUAUAUAAGUCACGGGAGGCGAUGACCCCGGCAGACCCCGCGUGUCUGGAGGUGUACGUGGCGUAUAGCGUGACACUGCUGCACCAGCGCUGCGUGUUGCAUGCAGUGCUCGACUGCGUGCCAUGGACCACUGCACACACUGCGCAGCCCUGCUACGCUCUUACGCCUG